ACAGCAGUUGAAUUAACACAUUAGUAACUUAACAUCAUCAUUAUCUUAACUACAAAAUGUCGCGUACAAAUGUACUUGCUAUUGAUUGCGAAAUGGUUGGAAGUCAUAACAAAAGCAUAUUAGCUCGUGUAUCAAUUGUGAACCAGCAUGGAAGUCUUAUUCUUGACGAAUAUGUUAGACCCACUUCAGUAGUCGACGAUUAUAGGACCUUUGUAUGUGGCAUCAAAAAGAGUGAUUUGGAGAAUGGCAAAGACUUUUCGUUUGUCAAAAACAAAGUGGCCAAUCUUAUACAGGGAUGUAUUUUAGUUGGGCAUUCAUUGCAUUUCGAUCUCGAAGUCUUGGGAUUGUCUCAUCCGGAGAGCAGGCGAAGAGAUUUGGCGAAAUACGAUCGUCUAAUGAGAAACGGCCAACCUGUGGCUCUUUGGAAGCUAGCCAAAAUAUAUUUAGGAAGAAAUGUGCAAGAAGACAAACACGAUUCUGUGGAAGAUGCAAAAGCUUGCAUGGAUAUCUAUCUUAAACUGGCCUAUGAAUGGGAACAACACUUAAAAUGUUAGAUUUUUAAGCCACCGAUCGUUUUCUGUUGCAAUAAUAAUAAUUAGCAACCAAUACAUUAUUUAUUUUUGUUACAAUUAAAGAUUUUUUAUCACUAAAGAUCAAUAAAUAUUGGCAUUUCAUUCAUAAAUUAUUUUU